AUGGCUACCAUCCAGUGCAUUUUUAAGACCUCUGGAACUGUUGUUGCAGGUUUCGGUCGCGGUUCUCGGGAGCUUGGUAUUCCCACAGCUAAUUUGGAUGACACUGUCAUCGAAAAUUUGCCUUCGUUAAUGUCAACUGGCGUCUACGCUGGUUGGGCUCAAGUUGGCAAUGGAGACGUGCAUAAGAUGGUGAUGAGUCUUGGUUGGAACCCUUUCUACAAAAAUGAGAAAAAAUCUCUUGAGGUUCACAUACUGCACACAUUCUCGGAGGAUUUCUACGGAAAGCUGCUGACAAUCGUGGUGUUGCGAUACCUUCGACCUGAGCUUGAUUUCGAGUCAAUUGAUGAUCUAAUAAGGACAAUUCACGAAGAUAUCUCUAUGGCGGAGGAAAUUCUGGAUUCGCCGGAAUGCCGUUGUUACUCUACAGAUGAAAUCUUUCAGCACUAA